AUGGACAGCUUACCUACACCACCCAACGAGGAGCACGCCAGACCCCAAGGGCUGAAGCGGUCUCAUGCGGCGUCCAAGCCUCUUAAGACGGUACACCGGACCCUGAAGCGGACCAGCACCCAUAGCCAUCCUCCCUCGCCAGCCCGCGAAAGCCACUCACAGCAUGGUGAUGGAAGGCAUAAAAGAGUCUGGAAAGCUUGCGAGAGGUGUCGCAUGAAGAAGACGAAGUGUGAUGGGGAGUUCCCCUGCAAGAGGUGUAAGGACGAUGGGUUGAUAUGCACCGCCGGGACUCGAAAGAAGACCGAGUACAAGCAGCUACCGCCCGGAUACGCCGAGGUGUUGGAAAACACACAAUUCGUCCUGAUCGCCACAGUCCAGAAGCUCUACUCGAUGGUACGGAACGGAGAGCCAUGGGAGCUGGGUGAGCCGGAACUGAACGACCGCGGCCAACCCGUAAUCCAUAACGUUGCCGCUAAGCUCGGCUGCCUGCGACCGAACACCGACCUGGAUCUCCCGAUCCAUUCGAUAUUUCCCGAGGACGAGGCGGGCAUGACUGAAUUGGCUCGGCAAUUGCAGGAUCAUGCAGCAGCAUCAACAACAACAACAACAGGUACUACAUCGCAGGGCAGCGGCAGCAGUAGGCAAGAGACGGAAUCGAAUGGGAUCUACAACCGGACCGACCGAGCCAGCUCAUCUGCGGCAUCGGACGCCGAACACUCAGACCUCGACCACGAGCCCGACUAUCGAAGGGCCGCGUUUGGCGCCGCCAGCGCGGUCAGCAUGUCCCCUGCCAGCCUUGGAUAUCCCGACUUUGAGAUCUCCCCGCCGUCGGCAGCGCCAUCGGACGGGUUCCCUCCCAGCCAGCACUCACCCACCGUGCCCGUACACCCUCACAACUUUCAAUGGAUGGGCCGACCGUCGUCAAUGGAUUUCACGACGCAGCAGCUGUGGAUGGCCAGUCAAGGUUUCAUGAACACCGAGAUGAUGACCUCGGGGGUUCUGGGUUCCACUUAUGCGACCAAGCCCGCCGGCUUUUCGUCAUCAUGUCGGAAUCCCGAGGUCAUGAUGGGGAUGGGCGAUCCCGUGAUCUUCUCGUCCGGGUACGAGGAAGACAAACUAGGGCCACUUUUUCCAAAUUCGAACAUUUAA